AGGCGGGCCGGCGCGGGGGGCGGGCGCUGCUCGCAGCCGGCGGGCGAUGCGCUUCCUCCGCUGAGCGCAGCGCGGCCGAGCCCGAGCCGGCAGGAUGACGGUGGAGUUCGAGGAGUGCAUCAAGGACUCGCCCCGGUUCCGGGCAACCAUCGAUGAGGUGGAGACAGAUGUGGUGGAGAUCGAGGCCAAGCUCGACAAGCUGGUGAAGCUGUGCAGUGGCAUGCUGGAGGCAGGCAAGGUGUACAUCACCACCAACAAACACUUCGUCAGCGGCGUGCGGGACCUGUCCCAGCAGUGCAGGAAGGACGAGAUGAUCUCGGAGUGCCUGGAUAAAUUUGGGGACAGCCUGCAGGAAAUGAUCAAUUAUCACAUGAUCCUGUUUGACCAGGCCCAGAGGUCAGUCCGGCAGCAGCUGCACAAUUUUGUCAAAGACGACGUGAGGAAGUUCAAGGAGACCAAGAAGCAGUUCGACAAGGUGCGGGAGGACAUGGAGAUCUCGCUGGUGAAGAACGCGCAGGCGCCGCGCCACAAGCCGCACGAGGUGGAGGAGGCCGCGGGCACGCUGAGCAUCACCAGGAAGUGCUUCAGGCACCUGGCCCUGGACUACGUGCUGCAGAUCAACGUGUUGCAGGCCAAGAAGAAAUUUGAGAUCCUGGACGCGAUGCUGUCCUUCAUGCACGCCCAGUUCACCUUCUUCCAGCAGGGCUACAGCCUCCUGCACGAGCUCGACCCCUACAUGAAGAAACUGGCCACCGAGCUGGACCAGCUGGUGAUCGACUCAGCCGUGGAGAAGAGAGAGAUGGAGCACAAGCACGCCCUGAUCCAGCAGAGGACCCUCCUGCAGGACUUCUCCUACGACGACCCCAAGGUGGAGUUCAACGUGGAUGCCCCCAACGGGGUGGUGAUGGAAGGUUACCUCUUCAAGAGAGCCAGCAACGCCUUCAAAACCUGGAACAGGAGGUGGUUUUCCAUCCAGAACAGCCAGCUGGUCUACCAGAAGAAGCUAAAGGACGUGCUGACCGUGGUGGUGGAGGACCUGAGGCUGUGCACGGUCAAGCCCUGCGAGGACAUCGAGAGGAGGUUCUGCUUCGAGGUCGUGUCCCCCACCAAGAGCUGCAUGCUGCAGGCUGACUCGGAGAAGCUGCGGCAGGCCUGGAUCCAGGCUGUGCAAGCCAGCAUCGCCUCCGCCUACCGCGAGAGCCCCGACUGCUACUACCUCGAGAGGCUGGACAGGACAGCCUCCCCCUCCACCAGCAGCAUCGACUCGGCCACGGAUGCGCGGGAGCGCGGCGGGAAGGGGGAGACGAUCCUGCAGAGGGUGCAGAGCGUCCCCGGCAACGAGCAGUGCUGCGACUGCGGGCAGGCGGACCCGCGCUGGGCCAGCAUCAACCUGGGCGUGCUGCUGUGCAUCGAGUGCUCCGGCAUCCACAGGAGCCUGGGUGUUCACUGCUCCAAGGUCCGGUCCCUCACGCUGGACUCCUGGGAGCCAGAGCUGCUGAAACUGAUGUGUGAGCUGGGCAACAACACCAUGAACCAGAUUUACGAGGCGCAGUGUGAGGAGCUGGGGCUGAAGAAACCGACAGCAGGGAGCUCCAGGUGA